CGCAGCCGGUGGAGGACUGUCGCUCCCGUUCUCUGUACUGGAAGGAGUUUGACAAGCAAGUACGCUACACUGUGGAUUUUUACAGAUUUAUAACCUUCACUGUCAGAGAAAAACACAAAAAAAAAUGUUUUGAUUUACAAAUUUAAUUUGUUGAUACCUAAAAGGAAGCGUACAGCUGUGUGUGUAUUUUAACGGUCCUCCAGAGAAAAAAAUGAACGAUGGUUUAACAUCAUGAUUUAGCUAACUCCCAGCCCGGGACAACAACGUCUUUUGCUCUCCUUCAUGUUGGGCAACAGGGUGGGUGCAGACUGAAUUAUGCUCCAGGCGUUUCUGAGGCACGUCCGCCGCUUUCCGUGGGUAACAAAUGUCACACUGUACGGCUGCCUGUUCGCCGGGGGAGACUUGGUCCACCAGUGGUUCUCCGCUAGGGACCAAAUGGACUGGAGACAUACGCGCAACGUCGCUGUGGUGGCGUUCAGUUUCCACGGGAACUUCAAUUUCUUCUGGAUGCGUUUACUGGAGCGCAGGUUUCCGGGAAACUCCGCCGGGAUGGUGAUGAAGAAGCUGUUCUUGGACCAGACGACGGCAGCGCCCCUGGCCACCAGCGUCUUCUACACGGGAGUCAGUUUUUUGGAGGGCAAAGAAGACAUCCUGGAAGAUUGGAGGGAAAAAUUCCUGAACACAUAUAAGACUGGGCUGAUGUUUUGGCCGUUCAUGCAGUUUCUGAACUUCGCCCUGGUGCCUCUGUACGUGCGGACCACCUUCACCGGCUGCUGCGCUUUCGUCUGGGCCACCUUCCUCUGCUUCUCUCGUCAAACUGGGGACGGCACAGCUGGAGCUGCCCUGGCAUGGAUGUUCCCCCCGAAAGACGAGGCAGCCGAACCUGCCAACGACGAAACGGACCCGAAGCAAAAGGUGGAGGAAACGGCAGCAUCCAGGCCUGCAUAACAGGAGGAUAGGAGGGAGGUUGUUUUGUCAGGAGGGGAUAAUGGAGGACACAAACUGGAUUCGUCAGGUCCAGAAGGACAGCAUGUCAGUCCUGUUUCUACUGUCUCAUUGUUUCCAGAAACACUGCCAGACCCGUCUACCGAGGUCUCCCUGAUGCUGCAAACCUCCACCAGCUUGUUAAUGUGUUCAUAUGCACAGUAACAGAAAUACAGCAGGUCAAAAAAAUAUGAUCUAAUCUUACUGUGCGUAACGGUGACCUGUCAGCAUUAUUUAAUCAGGUUAGCACCGGUUGUUGUGUUGUUUUUCCGCCCAGUGCUUAGCUUAAGCAGUCUGAAAAAGACUGAAAUAUUAAUUAGCAUGUCUUCUGUUUUUAAUGAUAAAAUCCGAUGUGCAACAAGACAUCAUUUCCGCAGCGCAGAGUGGGAUCUAAUUAAUUUGAUCAAAACUUGUAACAUCUUAAAACAAAACAGAUUACAGCCAGUGUUUAUCCACUUUGCUUCUGUGAUCUGUUUGGGUUUCAGUUCGCACUGCGGUACGUCAACAGGGUCAGUUAGGAAAUCUGUUUUUAUGUUUAAAAUUCAAAAAAGAAAUGUCGGGAAAUUUCAAAAUGAACGUCAAUCGCAUCAAUUUAAUUUCCCUUCCAGUAAUUUAUAGUUCCUGUAUUUCGGAGUAGCAGCACAUUCCAAGAAAAGGUUGGGCUGUGGCGGUUUUUACCACAUUCUGCUAACAUGUCUGGGAAUGAGGCUUGCAGCUGAGGCAGAAUUUCAGAGGGUGUUCAUUAACGUCUCUGGGAAACACAGUUUAAUAUGCACAGCGGUAGGGGCUUACUUUUUUUUUUUUUUCAUAUUUCUCUUGACUUUGAUAUUUGUUGUGGUUUCAUUUUUCUGACCGUACUCCACAUUUCUGCUCUGGUUCAUAUCAGGAUCUUCUGGUCCAAGAAAAGCAGAUGGUAAAUAUUAGCAGGUUUGACAAGCAGUUGUGUCAGCAUUUGCUCCUUGUUGGCUUUUCCUUACAAUUUGUAUUUAUUUUUGCUGUUUUUUGUGACUAACAUUUUCCGAAGCAUCCGCACAAACCUCCUCAUGGUUUUUAUGCAGUGAAGUCUUCAAAUGGCAGAAUUGUGUUUUUUCCAGGCACAUGCUGCCAUUUUACAGUCAAAAAUCUGAUUUAUUAUGUCAAAGCUUGCCAUGUCUUGAAUCGUGCCAAGAGAGUGAAUGUCAAAGACGAGCAGAGAAAGGCUGUCUACUUUAUUUUUAUUUGUCAUGCUUUAUGCUUCAGCAGGUGCUACUUAAACAAGGGAAGUCUGUUUUUAUUGCUUUCUACUCUUACCAGCUCAAGCAAAGAUCGAAACACUACAGCUAAUAACUUUCUACUGAGGCAAUCUGAGAUUCUUUUUCAUCUGAUUUAAGAAGUUUACUUGAAUGGCUAUAUACUGCUCAGCUCUUCUUCUUCUUCUUCUUCCUCUUCACAUGAAUGCAAUAUUCUUUUCUUCUCUUUUCUGCCAUUUUAUGUCUUCAAUGCAAUCGUCAGCCAUCAAAUGUUAACAUGUGUUCCUACCUUUGUUUUAAAGAGACAGUACUUUAUAUCCUAAUUUUAUUUUCUGUUGUGACAGACUUGAUUUCAGUUCCUAUUUCUAUGUGGAUGACAGAAAAAUGUUCACUUCUGUUUUUAAUAGUGCAGAGAAGAUGUGAGUAUGCAGUUUUGUCUGCUUGUAACAUUUCAUAUAGCUCACACAACUGAGUUAAAAGAAUUUCAUAUCAAUAUAAGAGCAUAACUUGGGAGAUUGUUUGAGAAUAAAUGUAAUGCUACAGCUGUUUGUCCUAUUUAUGUUUAAGCUGUGUCCUUGGAAUUAUGGAUUUAUUAUUUGUGUAAUACGAUGUGAUUUUUUUUUUAUCCCAGUAUUUUCUUAAGUAAAUAUUUGUAUGGAGAUUUUGCAACACUGGAUAUGAAAUGUAAUUGAAUAUUCCCUUUGUUCCUGCUGGGUCAUUUUAGCAGCUAAUUUAAUAUUUUGGUUUGCACAGUCCGAGAUUUCUGACUUUUUUUGGGUGUGAGAACAGAUUGGUGCUCUUGAAUAUUUAAAAUUGAUUGAUGUCGUCUUGCAUUUGUUGCACUAAUUAUGAAAGAUAAUACUAUGGAGUUAAUAAAAAUAAACUUUAUUUUGA